GCGAGAUUAUUGAUCAGAAGAGCCUCUCUACGUUUCGUUUCUUCUUUGGAAAGCCCUCUUUCUUUUUUUCUAUUUGUUGUUUUUUGUUUGGGUUUUUUUUGUCUCAACUGGAAGUCUCUACCGUGGAGCUGUUGCCACGCAGGCCGCGGAUCGGCUCUUGUUGCUGGGAGGAGACCGUUCAGAGACCCCGCCGACUCCCCUGCUAGCAUCUAUUAGCUGGGGCUAUGAUGUGUCGCUGCUGCUGCUGUAACGUUAUUUCCCACCACACAGCAAGCCACUGUAAAGCGAGGCAGGUCCUUGGUUAAACUGUCUACCCCCCACCCCACACCACUGACGGUGACUUGGAAAUACACCACACCUUUCAAGGAUGGAUGUUGAUUUGUGUGCUGGCGGGGACAGUACCAGGAGGAAAGUGGAUAUGUCCGGGGUUGCUGAAGGUACAAUGGACGUCGUACCGUUGGAGAUGUACGACUCCGCCAGAGCAAAAAUAGCUGCAAACCUGCGGUGGCUGUUUGCCAAAGCCUAUGGCAUCGACCACAUCCCAGAGGACCUAAGGGAUCCGUUUUACACAGACCAGUACGACCAGGAACACAUCAAGCCACCUGUCAUCCACCUGCUGCUGUCCUGCGAGCUCUACUGCCGUGUCUGCACCCUCAUCCUAAAGACUGAGCAGGCAGCAUCUCUUCAGUCUCACCUGUCCGUCAUCCAGGCUCUGUCCAGGAAGGGCAUCUACGUCCUGGAGAGUGACGACACGCCUGUCACAGAGGGAGACCUGGCCUGCGUGCCCAUCAAGAUGAGCGCUCACAUGCCCAUGAUCGACGCCCUGAUGAUGGCCUACACAGUGGAGAUGAUCAGCAUUGAGAAAGUGGUGGCUUCUGUCAAGCGCUUCUCUACCUUCAGUGCCUCCAAGGAGCUUCCGUUUGACAUGGAGGACGCAAUGGUCUUCUGGAUCAACAAGGUGAACACGAAGAUGAGAGAAAUCACAGACAGGGAGAACAAAGUCAAGCACCACCCGCUUGAGUCCCCGAGCCACCAGAAGGUGCGGUAUCGUCGGGAGCACACGUCAGGCCGCCAGCUGCCCUUCUUUCCACUGCUGGAAGACCUGAUGAGGGAUAUUUGUGACGGCGCGGCGCUGCUCACCGUGGUGCACUACUACUGCUCCGACCUCAUGAAGCUGGAGGAUAUUUGCCUGAAGGAAGUGCCCUCCAUCGCUGAUAGCCUGUACAACAUCCAGCUGCUCAGAGAGUUUGCUAACGAGUAUCUGAAUAAGAGUUUCUAUCUUACAACGGAGGACAUGCUCUACUCGCCUCUUGUGCUCAAGCACAAUGUGAUGGUGUUCAUCGCUGAACUCUUCUGGUGGUUUGAGACUGUCAAGCCAGAGUUUGUUCAGCCCAGAGAUCUACAGGAGUUUAAAGAUGCUCGAGCCAUCGCUCAGCCCAAGAGUGCCCGCCCAUCAGUGCCCAUCUCCAAUGCCACCAAACGCAGCUUCCUGGCCAGCCCUGGCAUGGCCGAUAACCAGAGCAGCCCUGAAGUCUGUAACAGGUACUUCCUGCACCCCGAAGACUCUGACCCCCUUAAAGGGGGUCCCACCUUCAGUCCCUCCCACCCACUCUUGCCCCUCCGACAGAGGCAGCAGAAGCAGCAAGGAGAGGAUGGCGCAGGUCUGAGAAACCGCUCCAACUCGCUGUCUCAGAUGGACGGACAACUUCGAGGCUCUGUCGUUGCAUGGCCUGACAAGAGGCAGAGGCCGAUGUCCACACUGAGCCCCUACAUGUUUCAUUCAGCCACAGACAGUGACGCUGACAUGGCCUCUGGUGACAGUGUGAGUCUUGCCCGCUCUAUAAGUAAGGACAGCCUGGCGUCCAACGUCAUCAAUAUCACGCCCAAACAUCAGACUUCUGUCCACCAACCCACACAGGCUGGAUUGCGCAGAGUCAACGGACACAGUCUGCUGGGAAAUGUCAACAUUGAGGACGAAGAAACUCCGGUGGCAGUCGCCUGGACUGACGCUCCCGCCAUCUCAAAACAAGUUGAGGGGAUGCAAGCGACUGCCAGGGUGGGACCCAAACCCUCCACUGAGUCCAAACCUGAACCAGAUAGCUUUUACUUAGAACCACUGAUGCCUGCCGUGCUCAAAACGGCUAAAGAAAAGUCUGUAUGCAUAAACAAAGAGGAGGAGAGUGGCGAGGUGCCCCGGUCUUCAGGAAGGGGCUCCCUACGCCGAGGAGAUGGAUCUACAGCAGCCGUUCGCAGGAAAGCUCCCUGCACCUUGCAGCAAACCUUUAGUCCUCCAGGUGAGGAGGCAGAUAUAUCAGAGGAGCCUCCUCAGGGUCCGGAAGGAUUCAGACCCAGCGUCACUAGCAGUGUGGACCCCUCAUCCAGAGAGCCAGCUGGGGGUUUCUACCUGCAUUCAGAUUCUGAAGAACCAAAGCCUGGCCUGGAAGCUGAUCUGGAGGACCUGGAUGAGGAGGAAGAAGAUUUGGAUGAAGCUGUUACAACUAAAGACCCCACCUGGCCCAGGAAAGCCUUUAAUGAGGACGAAGAAGAAGAAUCAGCCAAACUCCAAGAGGACAUGAAUGUGAAAGAGCACGAGGACAAAGACAUGAACGGCUGCAGCGGUCGCUCCAGUCCGUGUCUCAGCGCUCACUCCCAGGCCAGCAGCAUGGCCAGCGGAAGUGUGCGCAUGACCUCCUUCGCUGAGCGCAAAGCUCAGCAGCAACGCUUCGGCAGCAACCAUGACCUACGCUCCAGUGCCUCCAGCUCGCAAAGAACCACUCCAGAUGGAUCGGAGAGCAGUGGGCCCCUGCCCUCGUCCUGGAGGCUUAAAAGAGAACAGAGCCCCACCUCCCCAAUGGGAGGAUGCACUCGUACAGGCGACGGUAGUGGUGGUGCUAAUGUUUUAGCUUCUGAAAUCAUCCAGCUCCGUAUGCAGCUGGAGGAAAAGAGGCGUGCCAUCGAGCACCAAAAGAAGAAGAUGGAAUUGCUGUCGGCCCGGCAGAGGCAGAAGCUCGGUAAGGCGGCCUUCCUGCACAUCGUGAAGAAAGGUGGAGGCAAGAGUGACACAUUACCCAACCCACUUAAAGCUGACCUGUCCAAAGAUGAGCUCAAUGGGGAGAAAGGAACAUCAAGUAAAGAUGAUAUGUUUGUUGAUGCCCUGAGAGGGGACAGCGAGGUGGAGGGAACCACCCUGACAGGUGCCUUAGAAGCAGACAAGAAAGGGAGCAGCGGAAGCUUCUAUCUUGAAGAAGAGUUGGACCUUAAUGAGUGCAACCGCUCCAUCGAGCUGCUGAAUGAUGCCAUCGGCAGCAUCCAGCAACAGAUGAUGCAGCUGUCGCUCCAGCAGGAGAAGUUGAUGAAACAGAAUGUACAGUCCCCCCCUGGUGCAGCAGCUCCUCCUCCCACCAGCGACAAAAACUCUAAGGCUGGAGCAACCUUUCACUAUGCGGAGCACCUCUCCAGCACCGCCACCGCCCCCACCAGGAAGCCCCCCAAACUGAGCUCAGGCCGCAGCUCCAGAUCCAAACCAUCAGAGCUAAAGAUAGCCAAGGAGCAGAGCCGGCAGGUCUCCAGGACCCUCACCCCGACCCAGAGUGGGUCAGAGACAUUACCAUCCCCGAGGCAAUUAGCUGGGGGCAGGUCCCCCAGGUCCGAGCAGCCCAGCAGCCCCAGAAACACUACUGCCGGAGAGACAAUCGAUAAGCCAGGCUCUGGCCACAUUCGGAAUGCCACUUUCAGGCUCCACGAUGAGGCGAACAUGCGUCUACCGACCCGAGUGGACCUGGCGGCGGCGGUUGCCCCAGAAGUGUCCUUUGAUGAGUUCCUGUCCAGCUCCCUGAAAGAGUCUGAGCUCAAUUCAUCAGACAGUUCAGGAAAAGAGAAUAUACCCUCAGAGGAGAUCCAGCGCUGCAAAUCUCACCUGAUCGAGGUGGAUCUGUCAGACCUGAGGGGUCCUGACGACGAGGCUGCUGAGGGAGGUGAAGGAGAGAAGUCAGUCAUGGGCUUCUUCUUCAAGGAUGAGCAGAAGGCAGAGGAUGAGCUUGCUAAGAAGAGAGCAGCGUUCUUACUGAAGCAGCAGAAGAAAGCGGAAGAAGCUCGGGUUCGCAAACAGCAGCUAGAAGCAGAAUCUGAGCUGAAACGAGAUGAAGCCAGACGGAAGGCUGAGGAGGAUCGCUUGCGUAAAGAAGACGAGAAGACGCGACGGGAGCUGAUAAAGCAGGAGUAUCUGCGGAGGAAACAGCAGGAGAUGUUAGAGGAGCAAGGCCUUGUGAAGCCCAAAAUGCCCAAAACCCCCAAAACCCCCAAACCCAAGCAGAAACACAGACCCAAAUCUGUCUUAAGAGAUGAGUCCUCCAGCGAUAAGUUCUCUUCUUCCACACCUGACAACCUGAGCAACGCCCAGUCAGGAUCCAGUCUGUCUCUGGGCUCCGCUGCCACCAACGAGGCCGACAGUGUUAACUCUGGAGGGGCCGGCUCCCAGCGCUGCGACUCGGUGGAGUCGUUUCCUGGAAGUCGUAACAGUCGAACUACAGAAAGAGACUGGGACAACGGCUCAACUGCUUCCUCCAUCACUUCCAUGGCUGAAUAUACUGGCCCCAAACUCUUCAAGGAGCCAAGUGCCAAAUCCAACAAGCCAAUCAUCCACAAUGCAAUUGCCCACUGCUGCCUGGCUGGCAAAGUCAAUGAGCCCCAGAAGAACCAGAUCCUAGAGGAGCUGGAGAAGUGCGAGUCCAACCACAUGAUGAUCCUGUUUCGUGACGGCGGCUGCCAGUUCCGGGCGAUCUACACAUACUUCCCCGACACCGAAGAGAUCACGAAGCUGACGGGCACGGGACCCAAGAGCAUCAGCAAGAAGAUGAUCGACAAGCUCUACAAGUACAGCUCGGACCGAAAGCAGUUCACCGUCAUCCCCGCCAAGACUGUGUCAGUCAGCGUGGACGCCCUGACCAUCCACAACCAACUGUGGCAGGCCAAGAGAGGUACUGUGCCAAAGAAGAGCGGGAAAUAGUGCCAGGCUGGAUUUUUUUCAAAAACCCUCCGUCACCCGAAAAAUCAUCUCUUUUCCCCCCAUCUCGCUUCUUUCCUGAAUAGACUGCAUUGACGCCCACAGCUCAAAGCUCGCCGCCACGCUCGGGUUUGGUAACCUACUCAGGAGAGGCCACAUUUACACGGACAUGUGGUCGUCUGUAGGUUGACCAAGGCAGGAACAAGGGAAAAGGUGUGUGUGUGUGUGUGAGAGAGAGAA